AUGAAUUCAAGUCAAGAAAAAAAGAUAUGCCGUCUUCCGGAAAAAGUCGUUAAUCAAAUUGCGGCUGGAGAAGUGGUCGUACGAGCAGCAAAUGCCGUUAAAGAGUUGAUCGAAAAUGCGUUAGAUGCAGGAAGUACGGAGAUUGUCGUUACGGCCAAAAAUGGUGGUCUUGACUUGCUCAAAGUACAGGAUAAUGGCAAAGGAAUUGCUAAGGAUGACUUAACGCUUGUCUGUGAACGAUUUACAACAUCGAAAUUACAAAAAUUCGAAGAUUUGGAAUGUAUAAAAACGUUUGGUUUCAGAGGUGAAGCACUGGCAUCUAUAAGUCAUGUAGCAAAAGUGACUAUCAUUUCUAAGACUUCAGACUCGCCUUGUGCAUAUAUUGCUCGUUACUCAGAUGGUAAACUACAAGGUGAUAUAAGAGCUUCUGCAGGACUUGAUGGAACUUUGGUAACUGCAGAAGAUUUAUUCUACAAUUGUCCAUCACGUCGUCGCGCUUUGAAAUAUCCUGCUGAUGAAAUGAAUCGUAUCGCAGAUAUUGUCAUUCGAUAUGCUAUUCACAAUCCUGCUGUUUCGUUUACUCUUCGACGGUGUGGCAGUGGAAGUGAUUUUAGAACAGCUGGUAAUGGUGACCUUCAUAAAACUAUAUGUUCAUUACUUGGCGGGAAGUUCUCUAAAGAUCUCAUACCGUUGAACCAUAGUGAUCCAUUAUUACAUUUCUCCUUAACGGGUUGUUUAGUACGACCUAAUGCACUAUGUUCAGCUGAAACUAAUCGUCAGAAAGUUUUUUAUUUAUUCAUAAAUGGCCGAAGUGUAGAAUGUCCUUCUCUCAAACAAGCAUUAGAUAUUGUUUUUGCUGCCCAAAAUACCGUAUCGCCAUUUGUCAUGAUAUCUCUAAAGAUUGAGUCGAAAAGAGUUGAUGUUAAUGUACAUCCCACUAAGUCUGUUGUAUAUUUUCUAGAACAAGACAGCAUUAUCAACUCCAUACAAGAUUAUGUAGAGAAUUCAAUUCUAAGUUCGGCUGAAAGUUGUGAUGUCUUUCCAAAAUUACCUUUGGUAGUCGAUGUUAUAAAACCAUCUGUUAAUGAUAGUGAGACAUCAAAAUCUGCACAAUUAUCGGAUAUUUCAAGUUCAAAAAAAAAACUGACGAUGUUUGUUUCGGAGUCACUUGGUGGGCCUCCACCUUCUUCCAAUGUUAAAUCGUCACCAAAAACUUACGCUCACAAGUCAAAAUUAAGCUUCAAAUCUGUUAAGCUGGUGCGAACAGAUGCAAAAGAAAGACGGUUGGAAGAAUUUGUGUCAAGGGAGACGUUAAUUUCUACUCCAGCAUGUUCGACAAACAUUUUGACUUCAAGUGAGAAAUCAAAUCACGAUGACUGGCGAAAAUUUGAUUUCAAAUCUUUGCAAAUAAUGAAGAAAGCACUUUGUACAGUAGCUUCCGUUAGCUUACGUUCAUUGUUCAAAGAACAUACUUAUAUUGGAGCUAUAAACGUCGAUCAGGUACUAGUCCAGCAUUCAACAUCAAUUUAUUUGGUGAAUGCCCGAGAUUGCUUGCGAAAUUUCUUCUACCAGAUUCUUGUCCUAUCUUUUGGAAAUUAUGGAUCCUAUAAAUUAAGUGAAAGAGCAUCAUUAAUUGAAUUGCUGCACAUUGCUGAUGACAAAAUAUCUGAUAUGGAAGCUUGCUCAAAAGCAAAUAUUAUAGUGGAGAAUCGCGAAAUGUUAGAUGACUAUUUUUGUCUUUCUGUCACGGACAAUGGAUAUAUCGAUUCCAUUCCAUCGCUGAUUAACGGUUUUAUCCCACAACUUGAAUCACUUCCACAGCUGAUAAUGACAUUGGUAAAUGACGUCACUUGGGAUGAUGAACAAACUUGUUUUGAACGAAUAUGUUGGGCAUUAGCUGAAUUUUUUUGCCUUAAGAAGAGAUUCUGUGAUGGAAAUAAGUCCUCUGUAUUUGCUAAUGAAGAGCAAUCGUGGAAGAAUGUUUAUCAAGACAUUCUUUUUCCAGCAUUAAAAACUAACUUUUUGCCACCUCAAAACUUGGCUGCUUCUUUACGGCGAAUCGCAGAUUUACAUGAUUUGUAUAAAGUUUUUGAAAGAUGUUGA